CUCAGUCGAGUUUCAGACGUCGUCGGGAUCAGUUCGUGGCUGUUGAUUGCUCCUACCAUUUCAGUGUUUCUGUGUUUUGCCGCAUGCAACUCGAAGAGUACGGCUCUGUGAAAAUGCUAAUUUAACCAAAUACUCAAGUGGUCGUUGCUGACGUCGGUCGGUGGAAUUGGAAUUGCUCGCCAAGCGCUACCUGUUCGUCAUCAUCAUCAUCAUCCCUAUCCCAGUCGUCUAAAACUCUGGGAAUCCUGGCGGGGGGCAAGACAAACAACGCAUCCGUUUCCGGUUCUUUCUGUUGAUUGUUACCAUCAUAUACAUAUAUAUAUAUAUAAGUACAUACCUACCUGCAGUUCCUGCCGCUUUUCAUGAAUGAAAUUUUAAUUUCGUGUGUGCGCGAGUGUGUUUGUGUGCGAGCGGCGAGUCCAGCUUGAGCCCGAACUCCAGGGGUGUCAACUGACGGCCCACCGAUCGCAUUGUCGCCGGUGCACCGUAAAGAUCUUUAUCGCAUUUCAAGUAGAAACGUUCUGGAGCACAGGGCGAGACCCGUCGGUUAUCAGGUAGAAAACGGAAACGUUGCUCCGGCCAGGUUAAUGCGGUUUAUUGUUCUAUGAACGCUGCCAGCAACGUCGCUCUGUUUAAGUUUCGCACGCUGAUAAAGAGGACCUCGCCCAUAAUGCGGCCAAAGCUUAGUGCAAUUCUCAUGCUCUUGCUGCUGUGCACUUUGGCAGCGGCCAAUGACCUCAAGGAUCUGCUAGAGGACAGCACCACCAGUUCCAGCACCAGCACCACCUCCAGCACCAUUCCCUCUUCAGUAACCUCGCCCACCACGCCCACCGCCUAUGUGGUAUCGGCGGCAGCGGUUCCCGCCCUCGUUGCCGGCAGAGGAAAGUCCAAGUCCACAUCCGGAAAGUAUGUGAACAAGAGCUCGCCGAGGAAGCGCAAGGCGGAGCAGGUGUCCUCGCUGCCGCUGCCCGUGGAUGAUGCCCUCAUGGAGUGGAAGUGCCCCAAUAUCACGGGUACCCGGAACGCGGAACUCGAGUGCGGAUGCGAUCUGCCUCACACACUUCGAUGCAACAUUGAUCUGCACGGGAUGAUGCUCCUGGCGGAUCGACUACGCACUUCUCCCUACUCCAUAUCAUUGCUGGACUGUUCCUUGCGCAACGUGACCUUCCUGAGCGACGCGAAGAUCUUCGACAAUGUCUCGCUCCACGGACUAGUAAUCUCGUCCGGAGAGAUCAAGCGGGUACACAAGUCCGCCUUCCUGGGCAUUCGAGGACCGCUGCAAGCACUCGGUCUGCCCGGGAACGCACUGAUGAGCGUGCCCUGGAACGCCCUGUCCACGCUGAGCGCCUUGGAGCGCUUGGAUCUGGCCAAUAACAAGAUCAAGGCUCUGGGAACGGCGGACUUUGUGGGAUUGACUAGCUUGGUUUAUCUGGAGCUGAGCAACAAUCAAAUCUCUAGCAUAUCCCAACGCACGUUUGUUAAUCUUCGAAAGCUGGAGGUGCUGAAGCUGGGCGGGAAUCGAUUGGGUGACUAUGCCCAAAGCUUGAGGUCACUGAGUCAGUGCCUCAGUCUGCGACAACUGGACUUGCAGGCCAAUAACCUGAAUGGACCACUGAGCGAGCAAACGCUGCCCGGAAUGAGGAACCUCGAGAGCUUGAAUCUCAAUCGGAAUCUGAUCAAGAGCAUCCAGAACAAGGCUUUGGCCAAUUUCUCGAGACUGGUGAGCCUCUCACUGCGUCACAACCAGAUCGAUGUGCUGCAGGAUCACGCCUUCUUCGGCUUGGGUGCACUGGACAGCUUGGAUCUGAGCUACAACGGCAUCGUAGCCAUCUCCAGUGCCUCACUGCAGCAUUUGUCACGUUUGACCGUACUUGAUCUUACACACAACUUCCUGCGAGCACUGACCUCGGAUUUGAUAGCACCGCUACCAUCUCUUCGGGAGUUGCGAUUGGCGGGCAAUGACAUCUCGAUUGUGGCAAGAAACGCCAUGGACGGAGCGAGGGAACUGGAGAGCCUGCAGAUGCAGGAGAAUCCCCUGUCCUGUGACUGCAGCAUUCGUCCAUUUGCCGAGUGGCUGCAGGAGUCGCAGCUCCAUUCCAGUCUGAGUGCCUCGUGUGUGACGCCCCCGAGACUGGAAGGAGCUCCUCUACUCCAGGUGCCCGUGGAGACGCUCAGCUGCGACAUGGACAACGUGGAGAAGGAUAACGCCAACAUCAUGCAGCACCUGGAAACGUUAGCCAAGCCCAAUCAGACGUCGCCCAUCAAAGAUUUGUCCGAAGAGAUUAUUCUACAUGAGCUGCACUUUUCGACAGACUAUGGACUGAUCCUCACCUGGCUACUCAAUCUGAGCAAAAAGGACUACAUGUGCGAUGCAAUCUUUGUUUACAAGGAGGAGCACAUCAACGAAAUUCUAAUAGAUAACUCACCGAUCCAUUGCGAGAGUAAAGUGGUCAAUGGCCAGAACACAGUCAGCGUCAUAGUGCCGGACAGUUCCUCCCUGGAAAUAGGCGAGAGCUAUCGAUUUUGUCUGGUCAUGAUCCAGGAGCAGAAGCCCGACUCGGAACUGAACAUCGGCUGCUCCAACAUCACGCGACUGGAGCGGAGCAGUCCAGGUGCCGUUCCCGUGUCCCGUCAGUAUCAGCGACGUCCCUACUAUAACGCCAAUGAGCUGAAGCCCGAGGUGGUGCACGAUGCUGGUGAGGAUUACCAGGUGAAUCAACGCCGCUUCAAUUCGGUGGUAGGAAGUCAACCGCAACAGACGCAGCAAUCGACUUUGCUGCACAGCUACACGGUCAUUGAUUCGCUAAACAAGAGCUUCUUGCCGGGACUGGGUCUUGGAGUGCUGGUCACCUCCGUGCUGGUUCUGAUCUGGGGAGCCACGCGGAUUCGGCAGACUGGCGGUAGCAGUGGCGGCGGUGGGAGGAAUGGCGAUAGCAUCGAUAGCAACAGCAGCAGCAUGCACAACAAUAACAACAACAGCAGACCGGGCACUCCGACGGCCACCACCUGUUACGCCGCCUCGGAUCACAUAGCCCGCCUGGCGGAUGCGGAAAAUGGGACGCGCUACCUCAAGCUGCAGGCAACGACGAGCCUGUGAGGAGGCACGGAUCACGAUGCAGCAGGAUGUGACUCCUGCCCACUCAAUAAACCAUGUGAUAGUACAGUACGGACUGUACCGACUCUUGAUAUACACAUAUAUUAUAUAUACAUAUAAACGUAGUCCUAAGGUACACUGCACUAAUCCCAAUAGUUGGCCCACACUAACCCAUUUGUGCCAUAAGCUAAUCGAUACGCAUCCCUAAGCUCCCAUUUAUCAAAGAAAUAGUUACAGUGGCGGCGGCCAAAGGAAAAUCCCUAAAAUAAUAAACUAGAAUUUGUAUAAAAAUAUUGAUUUGUAUUGUGAAUCGUAUUUGAACUGGUUAGUGUAUGCUAUUGACCUCUACUGUAACUAAUUCCCCAAUCGAAAACCCCUUGCGUCUCAUCCAGAGAACUAGUGUUAACUUAGUGUUACGCCUCCUUUAUGUUAGCAAUGAAACUCGUAAGUCAUGGAUGGCCCUUUAGAAUUACGGCUUUAAUAAUUUAUUAACAAAUUCAAAGCACACAAUAGGAAAGAAAAACAUAACAUCAAGUAAAUAAAAGUGAAAUGAGCAAUGAGAAACC